UCAGCAUCUGCAUUGUGAGGAGAAAACGUCCAGUGGGAGUGAGGAUUAGAAGGAAAAUGCAGACAUAAUUAACAACAGGUUAUUUUGUUGCAGUCAAACAGCAGAAAGCCAUUGCUAGGUUGUUACUUUUUAGUUAUCUUUCAUCAUGAGUUCCCUGUUUUUUUGCGAACCUCCGCCCGGUCCGGUGUGCAGCGGCUCCGGCGCGGUGACCAGCGCCCUGCGGAACGACCUGGGCUCCAACAUCCAUGUGCUGAAAACCCUCAACCUGCGCUUCCGGUGCUUCCUCGCCAAGGUCCACGAGCUGGAGCGCAGGAACAAGCUGCUGGAGAGCCAGCUGCAGCAAGCUCUGCAGCGGCCGCAGUGCCGACACCCGUUCGGCCGGGAGGUCGCCGUGCAGACGGACGGUCCCGAGUCCAGGCUGCCGGGUACCAUUUGGAGUUUCACCCACAUCCGGAGGCAAGGAGAGCGCUUCGAGACCCUGCACGGCCCCGGGGUGACGUGGACGCACCCGGACGGAGUCGGGGUGCAGAUCGACACAAUCACCCCAGAAGUGAGGGCUCUGUACAACGUGCUGGCGAAAGUGAAGCGAGAGAGAGACGAGUACAAGAGAAAAUGGGAGGAGGAGCUGUCCAAGCGAGAGCAGCUGGAAUCCACUGUGGAAUCCCUACAGCAGAGCGCCCAGGAGUCGUCAGAGAUCCAGAAUGAGCUGAACGAGAAGGUGGACAGACUGAAGGCUGAACUCGUGGUAUUCAAGAGCCUGAUGAGUGAUCAAAUGACUGACCUGGACUCAAAGAUCCAGGAGAAAGCCAGGCGGGUGGACAUGGACAUCUGCAGGCGUAUUGACAUCACAGCCAAGCUGUGCGAUGUGGCUCAGCAACGCAACUCGGAGGACAUGUCGAAAAUGUUCAACGUCAGCCCCGCCAGGUCGCUCCCAGAGAAGGGUGCUGCGGCGUGCUGCAGGAGAAAGGAACGUAAGACCGUCUCCGAUGAGGAAAACUCGGAGAUGGACGCUGAGCCAAGCACUUCUGAGGAGGAGGUUCCUGGAUCGCUCAACAUCACUGACGAGAUGAAACGCAUGCUCAACCAGCUACAUUGUUCAGAUAACUCGUUUGUUGCCAGGCGCGAGACGUUUGAAAUCGACGAUGACUGCGACAGUCUGACGUGGGAGGAAAACGAGGACACUCUCUUGCUCUGGGAGGAUUUCACAAACUACAACAUGCCAUGCACCAUCGCUGCAACAACCUGCGCGGCCGCCUGCCCCUGCGAAGGCAGCGCCGAAGCGGCUGAUCCCGAUUCCCAGGAUGGAAGUCUUGGCAGCCUCAUUGAUGAAACAGAGACCCUAUUUAAGAGCAGGGAGAAGGAGUACCAGGAGACCAUCGGACAGAUUGAGAUGGAGCUGGCCACAGCAAAGAGCGACAUGAACCGACAUCUGCAUGAGUACAUGGAGAUGUGCAGCAUGAAAAGGGGCCUCGACGUGCAGAUGGAGACCUGUCGGCGGAUGAUUAAAGGCGGCAGGAACUCUCCUUCUUUCAGCUCGGUGGCCAGUAGCGACUCAGGGAACACAGACGAGAUCCAGGACGAGAUCUCGGAUAAGGAUGCAGAGGCUGAAGUCCCGCUCAGUUGAUAGCUGCACAGCUGGGAUUUGUUCCAUCUCCUGUUCUUUGCCUCAAUUAAUCAAUGGAGUUUAAAUAUGAGCAAAAUGUCAUCCUGGCUGGAGGUGGAACAAGUUUAACAUGGUGCAGGCUCUGAACUGGUGCUUUUAUACUGUUUGGAAAGUGGUGGUGGGGGGUGUCUUUACUUUGUAAAUGCAGACACUAAGCUGUGCUCUCUUUCUUGCCGCUGAUUCCAGGGCUUCAAAUAAUUUUGCAGAGGAGAAAAAAAUAUUUUAAACAAGCUGAAAAGUAUUUUCUAUCCAGUUAAAAUCCUUUUUUUCUAAAGGAAUUAAAUACAGUACAUAUUGUACUCCUCCAUUCACCAAAAUGAUUACUUUACAUCUCUUAGAUUGAGAAACAUUUUGUUGCCCCUGAUUGAAAUAGUCCCUUGUUUUUGUGUGGCAUUUAAAGUCCAAAUUGAAGUGGCGGGGUUUUAGUGUCUUCUGUCAGGAAGACAAAGAAAAGAGGAGACAAAUGCUGUUGAAGUUCUGCUUGUUUCUGAGGGAACUCUGCAGGCUUGCUAAAGUCGACAGAGGAAAGGAGCACAGCCUUUUUUGUAAAUGCACCGGUGCACUACUGAAUUCUAUGCAACUUAGCGAGCCUUAUUCUGUUUUGGACUGGCUAUCACCCGUUUUAGCUUCUUCUACAGACAUCUGCCUCUUUUAAGGAAAGCAGGUAUUUUUUUAUGUUGUAUUGUUUUUGUUGGGGACGUCAACUGGGACAGAGCCCCUAAAAUACUACAGUACACUGCUUUGCAAAGGUGUUCAUAGCCUUUGAGGUUUUUUCAUGUUUUGCCACAAUCCUACCAAAAAUGUUAGUUUCAUUGGGAUUUUAUGUGAAAGACAAGCACAGGAGGUACAUUUAAUAAUAUACAUGGUUUUCAAAUGAUAACUUUUGAUUUUUAGCUGCUGUGAAUGUAAAAAAUGUGCUGUUCAGUGGUAUUCUGUUGUUCUGCACUGAUAUUUUGCAGAGCCACCUUUUUACAGCUUUACAGACAUUCGAAUUUGCAAAAUGGUCCAAACCAAGUACCAUUGUACAAGUACAAGUUUAUAGAUACAAGUACCAUUGUAUCGAUAAACAUCAAUUUAUAGAUUGAUGUUUAUGCCAAUCUAUAAGUUACACAUCCCGAAAGUUACAUAUCAGCAUGUGUAACUUUCCACAGUUAUUCAAUAAAAGUAUGUCUAGGGUUGUUGCUCUAGUCUCAAGUAUUCUUCAGCCUGCAAACCCCAAUAAAACACGUUGUUGUUGGCAACUGUAUUGUGACAAAAUUUGAACAAAGUUUAAAAGUACGACUACUUAUGCAAGGCAGAGUACGGCCAGGUGUUGCUUGCUGCUGAAGUAGCAGUGCUCUGCUCUGAUUUGUUGAGGAAAAGCAUUUUGUUUCUUGAAAAUGAGAAAGAUAGAGGAGUUGGAUUGUAAGAACCUAAAUCAUUAAUGGUAAACAACUCCUUUCAGCUUUUCAUGCUAAACCAAAGGGCAUACUUCACACUAAGCUAAAUAAAAUACAUUUCUGCUGUUUUAAUUUAGGUGAAUUUUUUCCAUAUCCUGCUGUUCUGGAGAGUCCUCUGCAGGACAGCAGAUUCCACUUAGUGCUUAGUUUUUUUAGAACAGGGCUAGAAACAUCGGCCUGUACAUGAGCUCUGCCAGCAUGUGAUCGUAUAUACCCCAGAGGCCUUUUGUUUUCAUGCUAACUCAUUUUGCUGCAGAUUGAGGAAAUAAUCCAGCACAGAAACUAAUCAAUGGAUGGAGAGAGAAUUAAUGUUUUUUUUUUUUUUUUGUUUCAAUCAUUUUUUUUUUUUGUUCAAUGAUUUACUGGAUCCAAGAUUAAGUGACACUUCUAUCUUGAAGUUUUUGGGGGGCAGAAUAUUCUGAGGCAUGCUGAUGUGCAGAAAAGAAGUUGUGUCUUUUCUAAUAUAUAUUUUGAGCUAAAAAGCUGCAAUACAGACUGUGUACUGUCUGUCAUAUUUGUUACAAAAUGACUUGUGGCAAAAGGUGUACUUUCUUUAACCAGACUGUGUUAACCAUUAGAUUGUGUCGCUAUAUUAAGCUUUUAAUAACUUAAACAUAUUUGUUCCAAUUAUUUCUCAAUUACUAACACAAAACAACACAAAACAUAAAAACAGUGAAAAACAGCUUCGCUAUUGUCUUCAGAUGAUAUGAAACCAGCCUGAUGAGUAACAAAGAGCCAUUCUGUUUUUUUCUACUGGACUGUGUGAUACCAUUAUUUAACACUGUAUGGCCGCAGCAUCCACAAAUGGCAGGUCUGAGGUUUUUCUCGCUCAUCUGAUCGUCACACUAACCAGCCAACCAAAGCAAUCAUGUACAGCAGCGUGAUGAAAUGAUUCUGACUCUGGAAAGUUGCACAGACUAAAGUGUCUCAGUGCACAUGCCAACCAUACAGGGUUUUCCCAACAUCUGUAUCUCCUGUAAACUACUGGAUGUCAGGUAAAACAUCUCCACUUUGCCACUCCUUAAAGCAGGUUUUUCUCAUUUUAGUUCAAAAAGCUGUAGCGACUCUUUCAUUUGUUGAAUGUAGCUUGAUUGGAAGCCUUUAAAGACCUUAAAAUAAUGUAGCUGUGAAAACACAGGGACACAUGACGUUUGGUUAUCUGCUGAGAACUUCAAUGUGAGUUUUGCUUCACUGAACGGGUUCUCAAGCUUACCACCAACAACGCGUAUGUAAAUUUGCUGGAUGUGAAUGUUUCAUAUAUUAAAAAAAAGGGUUUUAUACAAGGAGUUUUUAUUCAUAAAGUUUGGGGAUUAUUUGGUUAACAGUUUAUGUUUGUUUGCAAACAUAUUUGCUGUUUCAGUUCCAUGAAUGUGACUGGGAGGUCCAAGCUGCAGCAACAUUUGGAUAAAAGCUGCUGAACUCUAUCAGGUUCCAGUCUUGAUAUUUUGCCCCACAGGUCACAUCUUCAGUUUAAUUGGCAUUUUGUCUGUUUAUUUAUAUUCCUUACUCUUUUCUCUUACAUUUGUAAGUCUAUUAUUUGUAAUAUUUUUGUUGAAACUAUUUAUACGGUGUAUUCAUGUGGGUGUUGGGCAGUCUUAGUUUCAAAAUAAUGAAUGUACUCAGUUAGUAUUGGGGUAAAGUUAAAUAAAGCGAUGGAUUGGUUAAAA